AUGUCAAAAUCAUUAAUUCAAGGAGUAUUAGACUUAGAUCCAUGGUUAGAACCAUUUUCUCAACCAUUAAUUAAUCGACAAAUUGAAUUUCAAAAAUGGCAUAAAAAAUUAAUUGAAUCAGAAGGUUCAUUAAUUGAUUUUGCUAAUAGUUAUAAAAAAUAUGGUGUACAUACUUUACCUUCUGGUGAAAUUCAAAUCAUUCAAUAUAUUCCUGAUGUUGAUGAAGUUUCAAUUGUUGGAGAUUUUAAUAAUUGGAAUAAAGAUAGUCAUAAAUUACGGAAAUUAAAUGAAUUUGGAACUUGGGAAUUGACUCUUAAACCAGGUAGUAUCCCCAUUGAUAGUAAAUAUAAAAUUGCCAUGAAAACCACGACCACGACCACCACCACCACCACCACCAAAAAUGGCGGGGAAUGGAUUUAUCGUUUAGAUCCAUGGGUUCAUAGAGCUACAUUUGCUAAACAACAUGCAUUAUAUGAAGGUCAUUUUUGGGAAGAUAAUUAUCAAUUUAAAAAUCCUCGUCCUAAAAAAAAUAUUGCCGCAGGUGGUAUUAAAAUUUAUGAAGCUCAUGUAGGUAUUUCUACUCCGGAACCAACUAUUGGUAGUUAUAAAAAUUUCACUCAAAAUGUCUUGCCAAUAAUUCGUGAUCUUGGUUAUAAUACCAUUCAAUUAAUGGCAAUUAUGGAACAUGCUUAUUAUGCAUCAUUUGGUUAUCAAGUGACGAGUUUUUUCGCCAUCUCAUCUCGAUAUGGUACCCCUGAUGAAUUAAAAGAAUUGAUUGAUACCGCUCAUGGAAUGGGAAUUCAAGUAUUAUUAGAUGUGGUCCAUUCUCAUAGUUCGAAAAAUGUCGACGAUGGAUUAAAUAUGUUUAAUGGUACUGAUCAUUAUUUAUUUCAUGGUGGUAGUAGAGGCAAUCAUGAUUUAUGGGAUUCUCGAUUAUUUAAUUAUACAAACUAUGAAACUUUAAGAUUUUUAUUAUCUAAUUUGAAAUAUUAUAUUGAUGUUUUCCAAUUUGAUGGCUUUAGAUUUGAUGGGGUUACUAGUAUGCUUUAUAAACAUCAUGGAUUAUCUGUUGGGUUCAGUGGUGGAUAUCAUGAAUAUUUUGGUGAUGGAGUCGAUAAUGAAGCUAUAGUUUAUCUUAUGUUAGCUCAUCAAUUAAUGAAUGAAAUUUCCACCACGGAAAAUUUCAAUUUGACUUCAAUUGCGGAAGACGUUUCCGGGAUGCCUACAUUAUGUCGUCCAAUAUCUGAUGGAGGAAUUGGUUUCAAUUAUAGAUUAUCAAUGGCAAUCCCUGAUAUGUGGAUUAAAAUUUUAAAACAUUUAACUGAUGAACAAUGGGAUCUUGGUAAUAUUGUUCAUACAUUAACCAAUCGAAGAUAUGGUGAAAAAGUCAUUGCUUAUUGCGAAUCUCAUGAUCAAGCUUUGGUUGGAGAUAAAACUUUAGCCUUUUGGUUAAUGGAUAAAGAAAUGUAUACCAAUAUGUCAGUAUUAUCCCCAUUAACACCAAUUAUUGAUAGAGGUAUUGCCCUUCAUAAAUUAAUCCGUUUAGUCACUUUUGCCCUUGGUGGUGAUGGAUAUCUCAAUUUUGAAGGUAAUGAAUUUGGUCAUCCUGAAUGGUUGGAUUUCCCUCGUCAAGGUAAUGGAGAAUCUUAUCAUUAUGCUCGUCGUCAAUUCAAUUUAAUUAAUGAUGAUCUUCUUCGUUAUAAAUAUUUAUAUCAAUUUGAUAAAAAAAUGUUACAACUAGAAAUCACCAAUACUGGGGAAUAUGUUUCUUUAAAACAUGAAGGUGAUAAAGUUUUAGUAUUUGAAAAAGGUAAAUCAGUUUAUAUUUUCAAUUUCAAUCCAACUCAAUCAUUUGUUGAUUAUAGAAUUGGGGUUGAAUUACCAGGGACUUAUAAAUUAGUAUUGGAUUCUGAUUCAGAAGAUUUAGGUGGUCAUGGAAGACUCGAUCAUAAUACUAAAUAUUUCACUUUUAAUGAACCUUGGAAUAAUAGAAGUAAUUCCCUUUUAGUUUAUAUUCCAACUAGAACUGCCAUUGUCUUAGAAAAAGUUGAGUAG